CGGGCGCGGCUGGACGGAGCCCGCGCGGAGCUGCCGGCAAUGGGCGUUCCGGGCAGCGGGCAGGGCCGGGUGUCCCGGCCGCGCUGUUGCCUUGCAGCGAGCUUGGCGCUGGCGGUGCUGGCCGGGCCGCUCGCGGCUGGAGAGUGGGAGCCCGCGGAGGGGCCGCCCGAGCCCCGCGGCCGCUCCCCUUUCCAGCCCAGCACGGGCCUGCCCUUGGUGGAGUUCGGGGCGGUGGCCGCGGCCUCGUACCGGGGCCCUGGGAACGGCGACACCCGCCGCAACCGGGAGCUGCCCAUCCUGCUGUGGUGGAGCCCGGGCCUCUUCCCGCACUUCCCGGGGGACACGGAGCGCAUCGACUGCGCGCGCCACUCCUGCCUGGUGACCCGGCGCCGGCGCGUGGCGCGGCACCAGCGCACCAAGGCCCUUAUCUUCUACGGGACCGACUUCCGCGCCUACGAGGCGCCGCUGCCGCGCCUGCCCCACCAGACCUGGGCGCUGUUCCACGAGGAGUCCCCCAUGAACAACUACCUGCUCUCCCACCGGCCCGGCAUCAGCCUCUUCAACUACACCGCCACCUUCCGGAGGGAGUCGGACUAUCCGCUGAGCCUGCAGUGGCUGCCCAGCCUGGCCUACCUGCGCCGGGCCGCCCUGCCGCUGGCGGAGAAGGAGCGGUGGCGAAAGCAGGGCUAUGCCCCGGUGCUGUACAUGCAGUCCCACUGCGAUGUCCCCUCCGACAGGGACAGAUACGUGCGGGAGCUCAUGAAGCACAUCCAGGUAGACUCCUAUGGUAAAUGCCUGAAUAACCGAGAGCUUCCCAAUGAGAGGCUGAGGGACACUUCUACAGCCACAACAGAGGAUUCUGAAUUCAUGACCUUUAUCUCCAGGUACAAGUUUCAUCUUGCCAUGGAGAAUGCCAUAUGCAAUGACUACAUGACCGAGAAGCUGUGGCGUCCAAUGCAUUUGGGUGCCAUCCCUGUAUACCGAGGCUCCCCAUCUGUGCGGGACUGGAUGCCUGAUGACCUCUCCAUCAUCCUCGUGGAUGAUUUCCAAAGCCCCCAAGAGCUAGCACAGUUCCUUGACUUCCUGGACAGGAAUGGAGAGGAGUAUUUGAAAUACCUAGAGUAUAAGAAGCCGGGAGGCAUUACAAACCAGUUUCUGCUGGAGAACAUGGAGAGGCGUGAGUGGGGAGUGAAUGACAUGACUUUGCCCAAUUACCUGAAUGGCUUUGAGUGUUUCAUCUGUGACAGGGAGAACAUUCGAGUCACUGGUGAGCGGGAUCAUAAGAAAUCUCAUGGGAAAGUGCCAGCUCCUGAACCCCACAUAGCUCAGUUCACACACAUGGGGUGCCCCAUGCCAGCCCCUGGCUUUGGAAACAUUGAGGAUCUCUCUGCAGGAGACAGCUGGAAGGAGAUGUGGCUACAGGAUUAUUGGCAGAGUCUUGAUCAGAGUGAAGCUCUCACCACCAUGAUUCACCAUAAUGAGUCUCAUCAGGGAAGAUUUUGGGAUUAUAUGCAUGAGAUCUUCCUGAAGAGGACCAGACAGCAAUGACCAUCGUCAUGAGCACCUGGUUCAAUGUUACACAGGAGGCUGGGAGGGUAGGGACUUUUACCUGUCUCCGAAGACUCUGUCUUGGAAUGCAAGAGGAAUUGCUCAUCUUGUAUCUCAUUCUGACUUUGGAGACCUUAACUUUCAUGGGGUCUGAGGACAGUCAGUCUCUGAUCAGGCUUGAGUUCAUCCCACACCACACACUCCACUUCAGCUGUGGGUUCUCAUCCCUGUUCUGGAGACACCGUCUUCUGGGGUCAGAGAAGAAUUCAGUCUCUUUGUGCUUUCAGUGUAAUUUCCUGACCAAAAAAGUAUUACACUUUGUGCCAAAUGACUUGGAACAUAGGCCUGUUGAGGCUGAACUGAGGUGUCCUAAGCUUGUUUCAUUUCAGGAAUUUAAUUCCACAUAUUCAGUAUUAUUUUUGUAAAGGUUUUUUAUUUCACUAGGCACUUAUCCCUCCCAUUAAGAUGGGUGUUUUUUUAAAAUCAGGGAUACUGGUAAAUGACCAGCUUUUAUGAACAGUUAAUUUUUCCAGUGAGGCAAUUACGAUAGAUUAAUAUCUGGGGUGAGGGGUUAUGCCUUCAGUGAUAAAGCAUUCCCUCUUCAAGUGAAUAUGCCUCAAACAUAGUAAAUUUCAGGAAGCUUUUUCCCUUUCCCUGCCCUCCCCUCCAUCAAAUAGAGUUCACUUCUGUUAAAUGAUGACAAACUUAGUGGUCUUGGCAAAAACAUAAUUUCAGAUGUGGUAUUUCUUACUCCUGUAAAUCUCAUAAUGAUCAGGAUAUGGAAAGAACUGUGCAAUUUAUACCCCCACACUGUGUGGGCAUGAGCACGUGUGUGAUUUACAUGCUGUGUGAGUCCAAUUCACUACUUAUCCUGUGUUCCAUGAACUAAUGACAACUGAUCUUAGACCAUCCCUCUAACCCAGUGGUUCUCAAACUUUUUUUUCCGCGGAUCACUUGAAAAUUGCUGAGGGUCUUGGCGGACCACUUAAUGAUCUUUUCAAAUAUUGUUUGUGCCAAUUAGCUAACUAUUGUA